UGAAUAGAGUUGGUGAAAAAUGUUGUCUGUUUCAUAAUCAAGCGUCUGUGUUACCAAGCGUCUCCACUUUGGCACUUCCUGUCAAAUUCGACAGAUAAAAACAUAACUUUUGUCGAAGUAAACAGUGAAACAAAGUCAAAAUGCUGUGUGGAAGGAAACUGCUGCAGUCUCUGGCAAGUGUUCACAGAGCAGCUGCGGUGCUGCCACGAUGUAUGUCAACAGGAGGUGACCAACUGCUGGUGGACAUGGACAGCAAAAGUGGUGUAGCAGUGGUUAAACUGAACAGACCGCCUGUAAACAGCUUCAACUUGGAGUUCAUGACAGAAAUCAAUUUGUUACUGGAGAAAUUAGAAACUGACAGGUCAUGCAGAGGUCUGAUUUUAACAUCUAGCAACAGUAAGAUAUUCAGUGCAGGACUGGAUAUUAUGGAGAUGUACAACCCACAGCCAGACCGCCUAGCAGAGUUUUGGAGGACACUCCAGCAGAUGUGGAUAAACCUAUAUGGCUCGCGCCUUGCAACAGUUGCAGCCAUCAAUGGUCACAGCCCUGCUGGUGGUUGUCUGAUGGCCCUCUGCUGUGACUACAGGAUAAUGGCAUCAGGAUACACUAUAGGCCUCAAUGAGACACAACUGGGAAUCAUUCCCCCAUUCUGGUUUGUGGACUCCAUGAUCAAUGCAACUGGUAUGCGUCAGGCAGAGAUUUGUUGUGAGAAGGGCCUCAUGGUUACAUCUGAAGAGGCAGAGAAAAUUGGCCUUGUAGAUACUGUCGUGCCACAGCAGGCUAUAAUUGAAAAUGCCCAGACUGAAAUGCAGAGCUGGCUCAAAGUACCAGAUUUCGCUCGACAGCUUACAAAGAAACAGAUUCGCCAGCCAACUUUGGACAAACUACUGUCAAGAAGAGAUGAAGACAUUCAGCAUUUUGUGCAGUUUAUUACAAAAGACUCAGUUCAGAAAGCUCUGGGAUUUUACUUGGAACAACUUAAGAAUAAGCAAAAAAAGAAAUAGAUGAUUAAAUUUUUGCUACUGUAGUUCUGUCGUAAGACAGUUGAUGAUGUAUAUAUAUUUGUUAAUCAGUUCUUUUAGAUAAAAUAUGGAACUCUGAAGUGUAGUCUGUUUUGCUGUUACUGAGGAGUCCCAUGAAGCUGAAAAUAAAAUGUUUGAUUUA